AUGACUCAACGAGAGGAUGAAUUAAACAUGUCCAUUCAUAAUGGAGAAGAUGAAGAAGAGAAUGUUCUUCGAAAAACUUCAGAAGGAACAGAUGCAAGUUCCGAAACAAUGUUUCAUCCGAUUUCCUGUAAUAAAUGUAGAACGAAUCAUAAAAAAUGUGAUAAAAAGUUACCAAUGUGCUCGUAUUGUGCCAGUAGAGGAAUUGCUUGUGAAUAUGAUAAUCCUAGAAAGAGAGGAAAAGGCUCGGAUCAGUAUCCUCCAGAACCAAAAAAGAGAAAGAUUAAAAUUCAACCAGAAUGGAAGGAAAUUGGACUUUUGGAUCCAAAUUUACUUGUGGAAUUUUAUUAUGACUACCUGUCGGAUGGUUUAGCAGUUUUACCAAAACACAAAUUUACUUAUUUUGUAACGAAUUGUUUGAAUCAAUUUAUGAGAGUUUCUACGGAACCUCUUACAUUGGAAACUAAUGAUUUAAUCAAGUCAGAGGAGGAAAUGAGAGGAUUAUAUAUAAUGUAUUCAGCCCUUCUGACUGUGUAUUAUCAAUUUCAUGCCAAAACGGAAUUGGCUACCCUCACUGCAAGUAUAUGUGAAAAGGAAAUUACAAAACAUUCCAUAGAAUGUUUUGAAAACUUGUAUUUUGUUGCAGGUUGUCAUACUAUAGCUCUGUUUUUUCUCAUUGAGGGUAGUCAAGAGAAAAAGGGAAAGUUUUUUGGACACUACGUAACUUAUUUCUUCAAAAUGAAAGACAAUAUAGAUGAUAUGGAUGCUUUUGAGAAGAAUUUUUAUCAUUCCUAUUUGCUAAUUAAGCACGUAUGUGAACACGAACCUCCAAAAGAUUUCAAGUCAUUUAUUAGUGGAUUGCCACAGUUCUUCCAAGUACUGUCGGGAAGAAAUAUUGAGGAUGUUGUAAUACCAGAAGUUUGGGAAUAUUUGAAGAGUGCAGAACCUAAUUCAGCAAAUUACAUGAUUUUCAAACAAUUAUUGGAAAAUGUCUUUCUUUUUGCGGAUCAACAUAAGAAACAUAUGAUGACAAGUAACUUGAGCAAUGAUUCAAUUUCAAAGAAUUAUUUGGAAUUUGAAAGUUUGAUUAGGAAUAUUAUUCAUGAUGGAUUCAGAUUGCUAUUCUAUGGAAAAAUUCCUGAAUUGGCUGGUGAACUCAUUGAAGAAGUUGCUUUGAGAAUUACUCUCCAAACUGAAAAUGAUUUAUUCAAACUUGCACUUCCAGCUGUAGAUAUUGGAAUAAGAAAAGCAUGUGAAUUCCACUUGAAAGUUUCACAGGAAGUUGAGAUGGGUCUACGUGACAGGAGAUCUAGAAUCAAAACCUCCUCAGGAAAGACAAUCUCAUUCGAUAAUUAUUCACUUUUGGAAAAGGAUUUAAAGGCCAUUAAAUUAUUGGCAAGUAGAUUCAAAUCAAUUUACAAUAUUGAUAAGGAACUCAUUGCUAAAUGUGAAGAAUUUCUGAAAAGACAGGAGGAAAAGCAACAAACACAACCUUCCAUAACCAUGUUACCUCCUAUUGAUACUAAUUUAUUGAGACCUCCAGUACAUAUUGAAUGGAAUCAUCAUAAUCAAGAUUCAUUCUUGUCAUCAAUGAUGGAUUUUGUCAAACUAAUGACACAAAAUAACAAUGGAAAUAUGUCAUCACCCUCACCAUCCAACUCUUCAUUUGGUAGUGCAAGCAGCAGCGCUCCUUAUGAUCCUUGGAGUUUAUUCCAAUAA